GGAUUUUGUCAAGGUCAGGGCUGCUACUGGAGCGUCCGGCAUUCAACCAGUUGCUCACCCAGGUGACCUCAACCUCCGGUGAGUGACCAUCUCGGCAUUACGAGUUGGACAACAGGUGGUCAGGUGCAGCUACAGCGGAGUUUCAUGAGCGUAGGCAGCAAACCUGAGACGUAUCUCUGCUCCGUAUUGUCCCCCAAAUGGAACUUUGUUACCAUCUCUCCGACUUGGUUCAGAAUCGCUUCCAUGGAAAAUCUAGUCAUCACAUCAAGUUCAGUGCCACAGGCAAUGGAUGCAUUCAGUUUCGGUGAAAUUGUUUUAACUAGAAUUUUGUAUCACAUCACAUCGUUCGAAUUCCACUGUCGAUUCAGUCUGUUCCUCCAACAUCCUAAUUGUUAUGAUGACAUGUUCAUUGAGGAUUGUGAAAUCGUAAGUGCUGAAGAUCAAACCAGUUGGGUUAAGAAACUAUUCAGUACAACGAAAGGAAGAGUUUUGAAAGACCACCUCUUGUUAGCUUUUGAAGCUCAGGGAUCAUUUUGUUCCAUUCAGCAAAGUUUGGUGACCAUUUGGGUUUCCAAAGCAAGACCUACUCCAGAUGAAACGGAGCCGUCUCACGAUACAACGCAGCGUUUCACCCGACGCAGAUGUCGAAUCUAGAGGAAGUGAGGAACGCAUCAAUCAAUGGCGCACGGACACAGCCGUCGCAGCACAUCAGCCACAAGGCUCACAGGAAAUGGAAGCAGCGACCUCAGCUGCCGUGGAUGGCGCCGCCGCCGGAGCAUUCCGAUCCGUCGUGAGGCGGAUGCACCAAGCCGCUGAAAAGGCAGGUCGUCGGCCACACCAGAUUCGGCUGGUGGCCGUUAGCAAGACGAAGCCAGUCUCUCUCGUUCGACAAGUCUACGAUGCUGGCCAUCGAUGUUUCGGCGAGAACUAUGUUCAGGAACUUAUAGAUAAAGCUCCUCAGCUUCCGGAAGACAUAGAAUGGCACUUUAUUGGAAACUUACAGAGCAACAAAGUUAAACCUCUACUGGCUGGUGUACCAAAUCUUGCAAUGGUCGAGAGCGUAGAUGAUGAAAAGAUUGCCAAUCGGCUUGAUCGAAUGGUUGAAAGCUUGGGAAGGAAACCUUUGAAGGUGUUUGUCCAAGUGAAUACCAGUGGCGAAGAAUCAAAAAAUGGGGUUGAGCCAUCAGAGUGCGUGGAGCUUGCAAAGCACGUGAGUGAGCGAUGCUUGAACCUUGAGUUUUGCGGGCUGAUGACAAUCGGAAUGCUUGACUAUUCAUCCACUCCGGAGAACUUCAAGACAUUGGCAAACUGCAGAAGUGAAGUUUGCAAGGCGCUUGGUAUAGAAGAAGAGCAGUGUGAGCUGUCCAUGGGGAUGUCCAAUGACUUUGAGCAAGCGAUUGAGAUGGGGAGUACAAAUGUGAGAGUCGGGUCAGUCAUAUUCGGAGCGAGGGAAUAUGCGAAGAAGUAGAAACAAGAGAAAGCACACACACCUCUGUGAAGCAUCCACUCCAUCAACUGGAUUUCACUCUUUUGAUGAUGAAUUCUUAGGUCUUCACAGUUGUAACUGCUUGUCCCUUCCUUUCCCUCUCUCUUUUUACCCCCUUUUGUAUUAUGUUUUCUAUUCUUAAUUAAUACGGGGACUCGACUGGUUCUGGGUAUUUUCUGGUCAUAUUAAUAAAGUGUACUGUUGUGUGCUUCCGUAGCAGUGAAGUAUGUCCGCAUGUGGAUUGAACUGGAAAUGAUAGUCUAAUGUAACCUGGCUGAAUCCGGGAGAAGAAAGGAAAGAAGACGCUUCUUUCCUUUAUAUUUUCUUUUUGGAAUUCUAGAUGAAUAUACAAUGAAAUUGACGUAGUACCAAUCGACGCAGAAUAAGUUUCUGUUACUAUUCAUGAUGAUCAGUUUUGGAAGAUACAUAAUUUUAUUUAAGAUCACAUUUAAAAUUACAAUAAUUUAACUUAUUAUAAUUCAAAAAAUUACUUUUAUCCUAACCCUAAUAUAAAGAAGUUUUCUAUGAGAAGAUGCUUAAUUCUAAACUAGAUUUGAACCCGGCCCGUUGGCCGUAUGCAUUUCAUAAAUUAUAAAUGGUAUAAACAACAUUUCAUAAAUCAUAAAUGGUAUAAACAACAAUAGCAAUUUGUUUGAAGCAAAAUGGACCUGGAUAGUUGGCCGGAUUCAUUUUGCAUAUCGUAAAAUAAUGAGUAGUAAAAGUCAAGCGAAAUACAUUUUUAUUUGGUAGUAUAAAAGAAUCCAAAUUAUUUGGUAACAUCCUAAGGAUUAACAUCGUAGUAUUUUCUAACAUCCUAACCACUUCAUCAGCUAUAAUCCUUAACAUAAAAGGCAGACUUCUAACCAAGGAGCCAACUCCUAAAAACUUGUUCAAAUGACACUUCUAUUACUGGGAAAAAUCCCACUGUACACACGUUCUUAAAAAAAAUUCCCAAAAUACAUGAGUUAUAAAAAAAUUUCCCAAAGUACACAUGUUUGAGCAUCACCGUUUUAGACAAAAGCGGUGAAGGGCAUCACCGUGUUUGUCAAAAACGGUGAAUACUUCAUCGUCUUAAACAAAAACGGUGAAGUAUUCACCGUUUCAAACUAAACCGGUUAAGUUUUCACCGCGUUAAUUAACAACGGUGAACACAUCACCGUUUUGGUCAAAAACGGUGAACCCAUUCAUCGUUGUUAACUAACGCGGUGAUCAUUUCCCACGUUUCCCACCCCUGGUAGGUCAAAAUUAGGUCGCAGCUACCACCUAUUCACCGUUUGAGACAAAAGCGGUGAUUGUGUUCACCGUUUUCGACAAUUAACGACCAUUUACUUUGAUAAAAUUGAACUUGUUCAAAUAUGGACAAAACAUGAUUACCUGAUUCCACCAUGGUUUAUCUAACUCAGAACGAUAAAACAGUAACGAAUGC